CUUCCCUUCUACUCCCUCCCCCGAUUCCGAAGCUUCCCGGCCGCCUCCUCCUCCACCUCCUCCCCGUUUCCCGCGCCUCCGGCCAGAUCCGCGCGCUCUCUCGGCGCGGAGGCGGGUGCUGGUUUGGGAGGUGGGAGGAGAUGGCCGUGGAGAAGACGGUGCCGGGCGCCGGGGCGGCCGGUGGUGGGGGCAAGACGGUGCUGGUGACGGGAGGGGCCGGGUACAUCGGCAGCCACGCCGUGCUGCAGCUGCUGCUCGCCGGCUUCCGCGCCGUCGUCCUCGACAACCUCAACAACUCCUCCGAGCUCGCCGUCCGCCGCGUCGCCGCGCUCGCCGGAGACUACUCCAGGAACCUCGCCUUCCACAAGGUCGAUCUCCGUGACAAGGUGGCACUGGAAAAGGUUUUUUCCUCGACAAGAUUCGAUGCUGUAGUUCACUUUGCUGGACUAAAGGCUGUGGGUGAGAGUGUGCAGAAACCGUUGCUUUAUUAUGACAACAAUGUUAAUGGUACCGUAAAUCUUUUGGAGGUUAUGUCUGCCCAUGGUUGUAAGAAGUUGGUGUUCUCAUCGUCAGCUGCAGUUUAUGGAUCACCCAAAAACUCACCCUGUACAGAAGAGUUUCCUCUGACUCCAAACAAUCCAUAUGGCAAAACAAAGCUUGUUGUUGAAGAUAUUUGCCGUGAUAUCUACCGUACAGAUCCUGAAUGGAAGAUUAUUCUACUUAGGUACUUCAAUCCAGUUGGGGCUCAUCCUAGCGGAUACCUUGGCGAAGAUCCAUGCGGCAUUCCCAACAAUCUCAUGCCUUAUGUUCAACAAGUUGCUGUUGGCAGGAGGCCUGCUCUGACAAUACUAGGAAAUGACUAUGCAACCAGAGAUGGUACCGGGGUCCGAGAUUACAUCCAUGUGGUUGACCUCGCUGAUGGACAUAUUGCUGCGUUGCAGAAACUUUUUGAGAGCUCUAACAUAGGGUGUGAAGCAUAUAACCUUGGAACCGGAAAAGGAACAUCAGUGCUGGAGAUAGUUAAAGCAUUCGAGAAGGCUUCUGGGAAGAAAAUUCCUUUGAUCAUUGGCCCAAGACGCCCUGGUGAUGCGGAAAUUCUAUUUUCGUCAACUGCUAAAGCAGAAAAGGAACUCAACUGGAAAGCGAAAUUUGGCAUUGAAGAAAUGUGUAGGGAUCAGUGGAACUGGGCUAGCAAGAACCCUUAUGGAUAUGGAUCACCAGACUCCACCAAGCAGAACGGGCACCAUUUGUACGGAUCAACUGGCUCCCCCAGGCAGAAUGGCCACUGCACAAAUGGAUUUUCUGAAUCCACCAAGCAUAAUGGUCAUAACGGAUACGGUCUGGUUGACUCUGCCAAGCAUAACGGCAAUGGCCACUUCCACUGACCAUGCUUCAGCCUUCAGUUGGCCUGUGGGCUCCUUGUACAUGCGGUGUAUCAUGAAACUAUGAUCUGAGAUCGUUGCAGAUCAACAACGGAUUUGGCAGGUCACACGAACAUGGUCAAGCUUAGAUAAUAUUCUUUUAUUGUUCAUCGUUGGCUGAAGAAUCCCACUGCCUGUGGGUAUAUAUUUACCUCCUACUCUGUGUGUACGAUCAUUUUUUUUUUCAGAUUUGUUGUAGGAAUGUGAUCAUAGCCAACUAGCUGAUUCGAUUCUUUCACUGCUAAUUGAGCUGCAUUAUCUGUCGCAGAGCUUGACUGAUUCUUGUACCAUAUUUCUUUUUGUGUAUUUGUAUGAUGUAAUAUUUAUGAAGAACUAGCCUAA